UAUCUUUCUACUUUCUAUAAUUACCAUGAAUCGUUCGCCGGAAUAUGCUCUCGAAACGUCGAUCAAACACGUGAAUCUCUCCCCAUCUGCUUCUUCUUCUCUCUCCUCGUGAUUCUUUCAUGGAAGUUUCAGGCUAGACGAGAGCAUCCCGAGCAGAACUAACUUUUGAAAAUUUCGUGGAAGAAGAAGCUAUGGGAUAUCUGGAUUUGGCGUUGUCGUGUUCCAACCCGACGCAGACCGUUGAAACUCCGGCGAGCGGCGGAGGUCUCAGCCAGAACGGAAAAUUCAGCUAUGGAUACGCGAGCUCCGCGGGGAAGAGAUCGUCUAUGGAAGACUUUUUCGAGACGAGGAUCGACGGUAUCGAUGGACAAAUCGUUGGUUUAUUUGGAGUUUUUGAUGGCCAUGGUGGAGCUAGAGCAGCUGAGUAUGUGAAGCGUCAUCUUUUCAGUAAUCUAAUCACUCAUCCAAAGUUUAUCUCUGACACCAAGUCAGCUAUAACUGAUGCUUAUAACCAUACAGACUCUGAACUUCUUAAGUCAGAGAAUAGUCACAAUAGAGACGCUGGUUCGACUGCCUCUACAGCUAUACUUAUUGGUGAUCGUUUGAUUGUUGCCAAUGUUGGUGAUUCAAGAGCUGUUAUCAGCAGAGGCGGAGAUGCCAUUGCUGUGUCAAGGGACCAUAAACCUGACCAAAGUGAUGAGCGUGAAAGGAUUGAGAAUGCUGGUGGGUUUGUGAUGUGGGCAGGAACUUGGAGGGUUGGAGGUAUACUUGCAGUUUCUCGUGCGUUUGGUGAUCGUCUUCUGAAGCAAUACGUUGUUGCCGAUCCAGAGAUCCAGGAGGAGAAGAUUGAUGAUUCUCUCGAGUUUCUGAUCCUAGCAAGUGAUGGGCUAUGGGAUGUUUUUUCUAAUGAGGAAGCAGUUGCGAUGGUUAAGGAAGUUGAGGAUCCAGAGGAGUCAGCGAAGAAACUUGUGGGAGAAGCAAUAAAGAGAGGAAGUGCAGACAACAUCACAUGUGUCAUCGUUCGUUUCUUGGAGACAGCUUCAUCAAGCCACGUCAGCUCCUCGUCAUCCAAUGAAGCCAAUCUAAUGCCGCCGCCAGUUGGAGACCUCAAGAUCUCAUCCAGUGAAAGUAAGCAAGAUCAGAUCGACUCAGAGGACAUCAUCAGAGUGAAUAAACCAGAUAAUGCACACUUCUGAGUUUCCGAUAAGGUACAUAGCGUUCUCUCACAGAUCCUUGAUUGUGGUUGGAUUUAGGAUUUACAUAUAUGUAUUUAAUAUGAAAUGUAUGUUUAUGAUUACAUCUAUACAUUUGGAUUUAACU